ACCAGAAGCUUGUUCGCUUAAUUUUCUUUUCACAUUUAUUUGAUACAAUAAGAAUGGUGCUGCCAAAUGCAAAUAGCAGCAAUGGAAGUCACAAGAAAAGCCUUGAAUUGGCUAUAAAUUCUGCGUAAUUUAUAAAAUUAAUUUAGUUUUAUUGCAAACGAAUUUCGAUUGUUCGUGAUAGGGUCAUUGAAAGUUGUUUGAGGGUGGUAUUCUGGAGGUUCUGAAUCAUCGGAGAAACAGCAAGAAAUUAUGGACCUAAUAAAUCCCGUUUGUGAAUCAACUAGCAUUGGACCAGCUAACCAGUUGGUAACUACUUUGGUUACCGCCCUGUUUGCUGCUCAUUGUAAUAUGUCGACCCCGAGUAUGUGGCCUAAGGAUUUUGGACCACAAGCUGUGAUUGAAGGAUUAGGAACUUACAACUUCGUCAUAAUUGGAGCAGGAUCGGCAGGAUCGGUGGUUGCCAAUCGCUUAUCGGAAGAUCCUAACCAGAAGGUUCUUUUAUUGGAAGCUGGAGACGAUCCGCCCAUUGAGUCCGAGAUCCCUGGCUUGGCAAACUCAAUGCUAAACACUGAACUCGACUGGCAAUACCCCACUAUAUCCAACGGACAAUCAUGCCAGGCUUUUAAUGAUAAAUCGUGCACAUGGAACAAAGGCAAAGUUCUCGGCGGUACCAGCACUAUCAACGGAAUGAUUUAUGCUCGGGGUAACGACAGAGACUACAACGAAUGGAAGAAUCAAGGAAAUCCUUCCUGGGGAUGGUACGAUGUUUUCAGAUAUUUUAAAAGGUCCGAAAAUUUCCGGGGCGAAAAUCCUAAUAGAGUUCAUGGAAUGAGAGGUCCUUUAAGAGUUCAACGAUUUCAGUCACCUAAACAAAUUCAAAGUGUUAUCCUGAAAGCUGCUAAAGAGCUUGGUUACAACAAGGUGGACGAUUUUGCUGAUGGAAACAAUAUGGGUUUUGGAUAUCUUCACGGAACUGUUGCUAAUGGAAGAAGAGUGAGCUCGGCGAAGGCUUUUCUCCGCAGUCAUCGGCCGAAUCUUCAAGUCAUAAAACACGCUGUUGCCAGAAAGAUCUAUUUCAACCACGAAAAGGAGGUGGAAUUUGUAAAGUUCAUAUACAAUGAGGAAAUGGAAUUGGUUGUGAACGUGGGAAAGGAAGUGAUUAUCUCAGCGGGGUCUAUAGAAACACCGAAGCUUCUAAUGCUUUCCGGCAUAGGUCCAGGGUAUCAUCUGAAGGCAUUAGGAAUACCUGUCGUGAGCAAUUUAAUGGUUGGGGAUAAUUUAAUGGACCAUGCCAAAGUUAGUUUCUUCCUAAAACUUAGGUAUACCAGUAACACUCCUUUGGAAGUCCGUCAAAUGGAUGAUAUUUUUGAGCAAUGGGUUCUCCACAGUGGAGGUUUGGGAGUAUCUAUUAUGGACUUGGGAGGAUAUAUUGACACCACCGGAAGGGGGGCGUAUCCUGACGUUUAUAUCGGUUUCGCCCCUAUUAUGAAUAUUACUCAAGUGGCAGGCAAGUAUACUGAGCCCACUAGGAGCAGUUUGUUGAACCAAUCUGCUCCUUUCGACACCAUUUUAGAGGUUUUUAUCACACUCCUUAAGCCUAAAUCCCGAGGAGUAGUUCGCCUGUCGAGCACUGACUAUCGUGACAAACCCAUCAUCAUGCCAAACACUUUCAGAGAAGAGUCUGAUGUUAAAAGGAUAUUACGUGCUAUUGAAAAACUUUACGAUUUUGAAAGGACCAAUACGUUGAUGAGGGUUCGUGGGGACUUCUUGAAGUUGAACUUACCUCCCUGUGAUGUGUUCGAAUAUAAAAGUUCAGAAUAUUGGGAGUGUUAUGUGCAGUAUAUGUCGGAGAGCGGCUUUGAUCCUGUUGGAACAGCAAGGAUGGGACCAGUUUCAAAGAAGGAUAGUGUAGUUGAUCCUGAGUUAUGUGUCAAAGGUGUUAAGGGGUUGCGGGUUAUUGAUGCUAGUAUAAUGCCCACGAUAGUGAGUGGACCAACGAAUGCUCCAGCGAUAAUGAUUGGGGAAAAAGGUGCGGAUUUUAUUAAGGAUACUUGGAGUUUGUGAAUGCAGUUUUUUGAAAUUUUUGUUAAAUAAAGUUUGU